CGGUGUAAUUAUUUCUAGGCAAACUGUUUGUCUACCGACUUCAUACAGUCAACAACGAACGCAUUGAUCAUCGGCGGUAACGACAACGACCACGACCAUCAAUAGUGCGCCCGGGCAUAUUAGCGGCGUUUAACUUGAGCUUUUUUUUAGUGACGUGUACGUCGCGUUUGAUCGCAUUAUCCUUGCGCGUGCAGCAAGACUUCAGAACAACCAAAAAAAAAAAGGUGCGGUGUGUUUAACGAAAUACAAGAAUAGAGAAAAAAAUGCAAAAUUAAACUUAUUGUUUAAAACAAAGCCAUUUGAAAAUUAAUAAAGAAAUAAGGAGAUAACAAAAUAAUAAGAACUUUGUGUGGGCAGAAUUGAAGAUUUAAUUGAAUACCUUUUGUAGAAUUCUUAAAUGAGAAUUUUACAAAACAAAAGGACUACGAGAAAAUAAAACAAAUAUUAUUUCUAAUCAAAAAACUGUAAGGAGCAUAAGAAAUUAAGAUGGCUCCAAAUCUGAUCGGCAGCACUUUUCUCAUUGCCGAAACGGGAAUUACUAAUAAUGAUGCCAACAACAAUAAACAGACUACAUUGGCUAAGCCCAGUUGUAAGAAUAGUAAUGAUCGUGUACCCAAUCAGGGUGAAUCGGCUGCGGCAAUGCAACAGAAUUCGUCCAAAGCGUCGGCACAAACUCAAAGUAAAGCGGACGCUGUCACGAAGAAUCCUUAUAAAAUGGAAAUUGUGUGGUUCAAUGUGAUGUUAUUCGUGGUGUUGCAUUCGACGGCACUCUAUGGUGUGUAUCUUAUUUGGGCUGAGAACGCAUACUUGGAGUUCUUUAUUGGCUAUUUAUACGCCAUUCUCGGUGGUUUGGGCAUUACAGCCGGUGUACAUCGUCUCUGGUCGCAUCGUGCCUACAAAGCUAAACUGCCAUUGCGUAUCUUCCUUAUGUUGUGCCAAUCGCUCGCCUUCCAGAACAGCAUUUACGAGUGGUGUCGUGAUCAUCGUGUUCAUCACAAAUUUACCGAUACUAAUGCAGACCCCCAUAAUUCGGGUCGUGGUUUCUUCUUUGCCCAUAUGGGUUGGUUGAUGUGCAAGAAACAUCCCGAUGUGAGAGAGCGUGGAAAGACCAUUGAUAUGAGUGACAUUUUGGCCGAUCCCGUUGUUAAGUUUCAGAAGAAAUUAUACUUCCUCGUCAUGCCGAUUUGCUGUUUCGUUAUUCCUGCACUCUUCCCCUACUUCGUAUUGGGCUCGUCGUUGCAAGUUUGCUUUUUCGUCUGCUCUAUGCUGCGUUAUACGCUCUCACUGCAUGGCACUUGGCUAGUGAACAGCGCGGCUCACUUCUACGGCAUGCGACCAUACGAAAAUAACAUCAGCUCGGUAGAUAGCAAAAUGGUGUCGAUAAUUGCUUUCGGCGAAGGAUGGCACAACUAUCAUCAUGUCUUCCCAUGGGAUUACAAAGCGGGAGAAUUGGGCACCUACCAAUACAACUGGACGACCGCUUUCUUGGACUUCAUGGCGCGUAUAGGCCAAGCUUACGAUCUGAAAUCUGUGUCGAACGAGAUGAUCUUGAAGCGCGUACAACGUACUGGCGAUGGCUCUCACCCAUCGGUGCAAGAUGUGAACAACAACAACGUGAACGUAAGCGAACUGGUGUCGAAACUCGAUCAUGAAAAUGAAGAGACACUCGUUUGGGGGUGGGACGAUCAGGAUAUCUGCGAUGAGGAUCGCAAGGGUGCUUUGCAUAAGAAAGAGGAAUAGAGGCGCUUGCAGUCUAUAGCGCUCGUACACAGUUUCAUGCGUUUUUAUUCUUCUGGUUUGCAUAUAAUGGAAAGAGUACACUAUUUAAUGAGUAAAAUUAUACUUGGUGCCUGUUGCAAGCUAACAAUUUCCCAGCAACCGCUAGCACUAAAAAACUCAUAGAAUAAUAAAAAAGGAAAAAAGCAAAAAAAAUAAAACAAACCACCAACC